AUGCACUGGGAUCACGCCACCUUCGCCCAAGAGCUGCAUUCCUCCAAAGUCAGCAAAGACUACAAGAGAGUGAAGGCACUCCUGUCGAGCGUGGCUGAAGACAACUAUUGGCGGCGGGAGCACUUUGGUCGAAUACCCCGGACGAUUCCCGUCAGCUACCAUGAAGCUGGCGAAAGGUUCAGGCCGAGAUCUGCGCCGCUUCCUGUGAUCUCAUUUUCCAGGAUGGACACCGCAGAUGCACUUCUGGCGCUGGGCAGGCAACGUGGUCGGAAGGUUUGUGCACUUAACUUCGCAAAUGGCAAGGACGCAGGUGGGGGCUACAAGAACGGGGCCUCCGCACAGGAAGAGGAUCUUUGCAGGCGAAUACCGCUGCUGUACUCUUCCCUGCUCGGUGCGAAGAAAGAGGGGCUCUACCCCUUCGGUCCUCCGACAUGCCCGUCCACGGGCCAGCCAGAGAAAUUUCGAGACGUGCUCUACACAACGAAUCUCGUUGUCGGAAGAGCGAGUCAGGAGGAAGGGUAUCGGAUCUUGCACCGGGAUGAGCAAGCCACUGUGUCACUAGUUGCUGCAGCAGCUCCCAACCUCAAAUUCGGCAGUGAUGUCAAUGACGCACAACUGAUCUACCAGACGAUGGUGAAUAUCUUCAGAGCACCACACUUGUGGGAGCCAGGCAUCAACACACUGAUUCUGGGUGCCUGGGGCUGUGGAGCGUUUGGUGGAGAUCCCUCCAGGAUCGCUGGCCUCUUUUUGCAAGCGCUGCUGAAAGAUGGCUGUGGACAGGGCUACGAGGAGGUGCACUUCGCCAUUCCCCAGUUCACUCCCGAAGAUCCAAAUUACGCCGCAGCGUUCAUCUCUCAGGAGCAUGGCAUCCACAGGAUCCACAACGAGCCGAAGCGACUGGCAUCUCGCGACUCUUUCUUGUCUACGACAUGUCCCGACGAGGAGUCUUUGGCCGCUGGAAUAAGCUUUCCGCCAAACCGCCUGCUCCAUGACCAACACCUUCUUCACAUGGACCAGCUACUCGAGGACAUCUCGCAUGCUCCACACAGGCUCCACGCCGAGGUGGCCCAUCGUCGGCGGGAUGCGUUCCAUCAGGUAGCAUUGGCGCAAGGCUAUCUCAGCGAGGAGGAUGAGUCUGAUGCUGAUGAGCUUGACGGCAAGUUGUACACAGAGAAGUACUAUCACGACAAUGGCAACCUCAAGUACUUUCAAACUUACCUACGACUCCCUCCGACGGUAACACAGCGGGCAUGUGAGAGGGUGGUUGAAGAGAAGCACUUCGACGUGGACGGUGUAUGCCGUCUCGAUGUGCACUUUGCUCUGGGACAGCCUUUCCUGAGCCGCAAGCACUUCUACCCAAAUCAGCGGAUGAAGUCAGAAAAGCUGUUCUUUGUGGAGGACGAGCGGACGAUGCAAGCCAGAAAGGCUGGGCACUGGAGGGAGUACUAUGAAGGGGGGCAAAUCAAGUCCGAAAUUGUGUAUGACGAGCAUGGAGUUCGAAACGGAUUCUGCAAAAGGUAUGGAAUCGAUGGUUCGCAGGAGUGGGUCAAAGACUACACAAAGGCCUGCUGCAGCUUUAAGUUCCAAUAG